UUUGCUUAAGCGCUACAGGUAAAACAGCCCUGUUCGCCGGGACCUAAUUUACUGCGCAAGCGCGCUUAGAUGGCCUCGUGAGCCGACAAGCGCAAGCGCACUCACUGCAGACGAAUGCCUCAUCGCCUCCUUGGAAGCCGCUGCAGUGCGCAAGCGCGCAACAUCUCUGUUUCCCUCUCUCCGGCUCCUUCACACACAUACACACACACACACACACACACACACACACACCCUUUCCCCUUCAAGAAGCCGGCUCCGGGGCGCGCUCACCCCUGUGAGGAGGCCAGAGGCCGGACACCGGAGGCGCUGUCUCCGCUCCCGUUAGAUCAUGUACCAGCCCAGCCGGGGGGCGGCCCGGCGUCUCGGCCCCUGCCUCCGCACUUACCAGGCUCGCCCCCAGGUGAGAACAGAGGGGAAAGAGGAGGGAAGGAGAGGGGGCGGGGAGAGACCCUCCUCAGAGUCGGCGUGUGGGGCGGAGCGCGCGCCCCGUCCGCGCAGGCGCAAUGCCGUCCUACCGCUCUUCUCACCUGUGCAGGGCGGCGCGUGGAAGGGCGAGGGGUCGCGGGGACUGGGAGGAGCGUACAGACGGGCGGCGCGUGCACGCGAUGUUGGUUCUCCCGGGUCUCGGGUGUGCAGGUGCCGUUGAAGCAGGGACGGCGGGGCGCGGCCGCAUUUCGCCAGCGUUUCCGCGGUUACCUGUGCAUGGAGGACCAGCUUUCUCCACGGACUCUACCAUUCCCACCCUUGUGGCCCCCCUCCACAACAGCCACUUUUCCAUCUUCUCUUCUCUGGUCUCCCCCACCCCCACACCCUCCGAUUUGGCUGCUUCCCCGGGCUCUCCCACUACAUCUUCCUCAGAUCCAGACCCUCAGCUCACCAUGGGUGGUUCUCCCUCCAGGAAAGGGAGAGGAGGGACCAGGACCUGAGAUGCAUAGUGGCUGUCUGGAUGGGCUUAGGAGCCUAUUUGAGGGACCUCCCUGCCCCUGUCCUGGGGCUUUGAUACCUUUCCAAGCCCCAGGAACCUCUCGCCCUUCCCCUGCCACUCCAUCAGGAGAUCCAAGUAUGGAGGAGCACCUGGCUGUCAUGUAUGAGAGACUGAGACAAGAGCUUCCCAAUCUCUUCCUUCACUCCCACGACUAUACUCUCUACUCAUCGGAUGUGGAAUUCAUCAAUGAGAUCCUGAACAUCCGUACCAAGGGCCGGACAUGGUACAUUCUGUCACUGACCCUCUGCCGCUUCCUAGCCUGGAACUAUUUUGCACAGCUUCGGUUGGAGGUUCUACAGCUGACCCGCCACCCAGAGAAUUGGACCCUGCAAGCUCGAUGGCGGCUUGUGGGGCUGCCCAUCCACAUGCUCUUUCUGCGUUUCUACAAGCGAGAUAAGGAAGAGCUUUAUCGGACCUAUGAUGCCUAUUCCACCUUCUACCUGAAUUCCAGUGGCCUCAUUUGUCGCCAUCGCCUAGACAAACUGAUGCCUUCACACUCAGCCCCAACGCCUGUGAAAAAGCUGCUAGUGGGAGCCCUGGUGACUCUGGGACUGUCAGAGCCAGAACCCAACUUACACCUGUGUUCGAAGACCUGAUCCAGGAACUGGGGUAAAGGCAGCACUGAAGACUGCUAUAUACGCACAAGAGGAAGGGGUGGGGGGUGCCUCGAAUCUCAGGAGCCAGCUUCCUCCCCUCUUUACUCUCCUUUUUUGCCAUCUCAUGCUGUGUAAAGCUGCUGUGUAAUUUAACUUGUAAAUAAUAAAGUCUAAGUGAAUAUAUGAGAA